UGGCGCACGUAGCUUUGUGAAAGACUGACGGCUGAUGAAGACAUUUUAAAAUAAACACAUAGCUAGCUGCUAACAGGGUUCGCGAAGGUGCGAUCACACUGCGCCAAAACACGUUCAAAUUCGUCCAAAUUGUAAAGGAGUUAAGUAUAUUUUAGCAGUGCAUUGUUUGUGUGUCGCAAAUCAAAGAGGCUACAAAUUAAUGAAGAUGUGGAAAAGUCUGACACUGGGAAAAGAAGAAUAUAACUAACGCCGCGCAGGUGAGCUACUGUCCAGGCACAUUGGUCCAUGUUUGUUGGACCUUUGGGCUCUGGGCUUAAUUAGCAUGAAGAUGGCUGAUUCAGAGAAGGCAGAGGAAUUUGUGGAUGCUGAGUGCCCCUUAGAGUGCCUCGAUGAAGCACAAUCAGCCACUGCUUCUGUUCAGGGAGAGCAGGAUGAGCUUCUGAAAACAGAGACUACCACUAGUACCAGUUCACCACCGAGGGAAAAGGAGGCAGACAGCCCCUUCCAUACAGAGGGUGAGCAGAGUCUCCUCUCCAUGCCAUGUUUGAUGAAGGAGCUCCGCCGAGACUCCCCAGAGUCCCAGCAUGCUUCUACAGGGAGUGACAAGCCCGUAUCUCAUCAUAUCUACGAGAGUGACUCCUCAAACCCCUGCAUGCUCUCCCCCUCUUCCAGUGGCCACCUUGCUGACUCAGACACACUCUCCUCAGGGGAAGAAGGUGCUGCUCCUCCCGUAGGAGCAGAGGGCAACAUGGAAGCUACAAAUGAUCCUGGGCAGGCAGCAGGAAGGCAAACAUCUGCCCCAGCCACAGGGGGGAGGAAGUCUCGGCGUUCACGUUCGGAGAGCGAGAUGCCUCCUAAUGCGAUGGUUGCAAAGAAAAACCGCUGCCAGCCCACCAUGGUAGCCGCCGGAGGGCAGGAAAAACAAACCAAUGGCAAGAUGGCAAAAGUGAAAGGUCACCGGAGCCAAAAACAUAAGGAGCGAAUGCGUUUGCUGAGGCAAAAACGAGAAGCAGCAGCACGGAAGAAGUAUAACCUGCUGCAGGACAGCAGUACAAGUGACAGCGAGCUCACAUGUGACUCCAGCACCAGCUCCUCUGAGGAUGACGAUGAUGACACUUCAGGAGGUAGCAAGACAAUCAAGACAGAUAUUUCAGACGGGCUUCCAGUAGUGGGUCACUAUGAUAUUUCAGACACUGAUUCUAACCAGGAGAGUAUGAGUGUGGAGACAGUCCGGCCCACGGUGAUAAAGCAUGAGCUAAAAACACACAGAGGCCAGGAUAUGGCAGCUCACUCUGGGUGUAUAAGAGCUCUGAGCUCUAUCUCAGGCCACGUGGAGGCAGAGCUGUCGCACAAGGGAAGUUCUCAACACAACAAGGGCCAGAUUAACAUUGCUUCCUCUGACAGCGAGGUGGAAAUAGUAGGCGUGCAAGAGAAAGCACGAUGCGCCCACCCUUGCGGAGGGGUGAUAAAGAGUCUGUCCUCCUGGAAAGAAAACUCAGUGGAGCAGUUAAACAGCACAAAUCAACCACAGCUCUGGACUACUGUUUCCCCUCAGCCCAACUGGGUGUCCCCUCCUGAAGUGGUGGAUCUCACACUCGACGAGGACGCCGGACACAAAUACCUACUUUAAUCAACUUGUACACUGAAGACUCCUUAUUUCUUCCUCUCACUCCUCCUCAUCCCUCUUGCCUUGCCUCCAUGUUACAGCUGAAAUCCUUCCUAUAGUUGCGGCCUCACCUGUAACCGCUCGUGGACUCUUCCUGCUCCAGAGCACUGUCUGUUUUUAACUUACUGUUAAACAAUCAUAUGUAUCAAAGCCAUUCUACUGACGUGAUUCCCUGGUCAGCUCUGAAUUUAGUUGUAAUAAAAUGGCACAGCACUUCAAGUGCAGGUGGAAAUGUAUGUAAGAGUGAUUUAUCUGUUAAUGAUAGCAAUAUCCUACCUUAAUUUAAUACCUCAGUUACCCAUUGAUAAUGGAUGUAGGUAGUCAUUUUGUGUACUUCUUGCAAGCUGUAUAGUGAAAAUUUCAAGUUGCUGCUUGAGAGCAGGUCAGUACCACAACAUGGCCGUUGACCUUCUUCACUACAGACUCUAAACGGCAUAUUUUCAGCAUUUUUAUCUGCGGUAAAAACAAAAAUGGCAACUGGUAUCACAUACUGUUGUACAAGUAGACCAUAGAUUGAUUGCAAAGUUUGCUUUGGACCUGUCUAGGGUCAAUUUUGUUCAAAGGUUUCACCACUGGUUUCACAUUUAUUUCCAUUUGGAUUGAAAGCUUUGCUUUACUACACUCUGUCCAGCAUAGGUACCGCCUAUACUCCGGUGCUUUCAAAGAGAGGUUUCGUUUAUCUAAUUAAUUUAAGAUGAAUAGUUGACAUAUUGAGUGCCGAACUAUUUCUUGGCCAGGCACAUUUACUUCCCAGAGUAUCCACUGGUUGUCUAGAAAUAGUUGGGACAGAGCUAGCUUUUUUCCGGUCUCCAGUGUUUGUGCAGAGUUAAGCUUACCUGCUCCCAGCUGCACGAUAGACAUGAGAGUGGUAUCAAUCUUCUCUAGUGUAAACGCUACACCAGAAAGCAAUUAAGUAUAUUUCCCAAAAUAUCUUUUCAUUUAAGUUCAGAGCUUUUGUUUCUGUUAUUACCAUAUUACUAUAAGUUUGACCUUUUUUAAUGAAAACAAACAGAAAGCCACUGGUUAACACAAUUCUGAGGGAAAAUACAAACGCACUUGUUACAAACGCACUACGAAAUACAACUCAUUUCCACCACAACACUAUUCUAUGUGGUGAAGGUGUAUUGGCACUAGAAAUAAAUGUAACGUGUUUUGAGACAUGUUUUAUGUUGGAAGCCACAGAGUUUACGAGUGUCCCAGGUGACGUAGUUAUCAGUGAAUGUAUGACCCUGCAGUGCUGACUGGGUGCACUUAUUGUUUGCAUGCUUAUCCUGAGUGAAUGCAAAGACCUUUAAACCUCUGGGGACCCCUUUAUAACAACUGAGGAAAUGUAUUUUCCACUGAAUACUGCAAAGCAAGAUGGCCUGAAUGCCUUGAAAUGUGCACUAUUUUCUUUUUGAAUCGUAUAAAGCUUAUUCUUUUACCUUACAAAGCAGUGGAUUUUGCUAUCUCAACAAUAAAUAUUUUAAUAAUAGAUGUGAAUUUAGCACACAUAAAACAAAUAAAAGUGGUGUUGAGUUUGUGCCCUUGUGUGGGGCGUUUAUAGAAGAGACUUUUACUGUAUGAACUGUUUUUACCCUGAACAUCAGGGCCCGCUUGCUCUCUUUCCCUGUGGUCUUAUUUUUGUCUUCAUGCAGUACUGCAGCUACGCUGGUAAAUCUUUAUCAUCAUCCAACCUCACACAUUGUUUUUAUUGCAUAUUGAAUUACACCUACUUUACAAAGUGAUUCUUGAGAAUUGUGGAAUCAAAUUAUUUUACUUCUGCUGGUCACAGAAGGGAAGGGAAAAUCCUAAAUAUAAGGAACUAAACCAAAGUCUAAAUGAAAUUUGUUUUCAGUUUUUCUUUCCCGUUAUGAAUUUUUGCUAGUAUAAAUCGUUUCAUUUGAAAGUAAGUGUAUUUGUUGUGAAAUAAGAUGACAUGAAUUCUGUUUCAAACUCAAGAUACAAUAUAUGCAGCUUUCACUGUAAUGGCCAUUAUUUUACCAGACCACUUCUGCUUGCAAAAUCCAUUUUGCCAUUGUUCCUUAGGAUUAUUAUGAAAUGUUAGUAAGACUCAUGUCUGUAGUGAUAGAGGUUUGGUAGAAAAUUAGGGCAGUGAUGCUCUAUUAUGGUUGCACAUAGCAUGUUUGGUCACAUCUUUAACCUCAUGUCAGAUAUUAUCCUCAUUACCUGUAAUUUAGCCUUGCUCUUCUGUUAUUUUUGUUUUAUUUACUGUCAGUAUUUUAAAUUAACAAAAAAAAGUGUUUAUUUUGUUGCUUCUGCAAGUCCUUGACAACCUUGAAAUUACGUCUGUAGAACAAAAAGAAACUAUUUUAAAACUAAAUAAAUAGAGCGUUAUUUAAUGAG